UGUGUGGGAACCUGAGAUGUAGGAGUUAUGGAGACUUUGCCCAGACCUUGGUGCAGGACCUCCUCUCACUCACUCGGAGCGUCACUGGGAAGGCAGAGAGGGCCUGCAGCCCUACUAUGACAGCUGCUCGGGUGUUCCCCCAGGAGAGGCCCAGCCGGACCGUGGGGGUGUCUGUCUCCCUGUUCCCAUCGUCCGGUCCUCUUUACACUGCGCCUCUGUCGGCCCACAGCGACUUCCUGAUUCUCCCAGGAUUCAUAGACUUCAUAGCUGAUGAGGUGGACCUGACUUCAGCUCUGACUCGGAAGAUCACGCUGAAGACGCCCCUGACCUCCUCCCCCAUGGACACUGUGACCGAGGCUGACAUGGCCAUCGCUAUGGCUCUGAUGGGCGGUAUUGGUUUCAUUCACCACAACUGCACUCCAGAGUUCCAGGCCAAUGAGGUGCGGAAGGUGAAGAAAUUUGAGCAGGGCUUUAUCACGGACCCUGUGGUGCUGAACCCCUCGCACACCGUGGGCGAUGUGCUGGAGGCCAAGAUUCGGCAUGGCUUCUCUGGCAUCCCCAUCACGGAGACCGGCACCAUGGGCAGCAAACUGGUGGGCAUUGUCACCUCCCGAGACAUCGACUUUCUCGCAGAGAAGGACCACACCGUCUUCCUCAGCGAGGUGAUGACACCGCGGAAUGAGCUGGUGGUGGCUCCUGCAGGUGUGACCCUGAAAGAGGCAAAUGAGAUCCUGCAGCGCAGCAAGAAAGGGAAGCUGCCCAUUGUCAAUGAUCGCGACGAGCUGGUGGCCAUCAUUGCCCGCACCGACCUGAAGAAGAACCGGGACUACCCUCUAGCCUCCAAGGAUUCCCACAAGCAACUGCUGUGCGGGGCAGCUGUGGGCACCCGCGAGGACGACAAAUACCGCUUGGACCUGCUCACCCAGGCGGGCGCCGAUGUCAUAGUGCUGGACUCAUCCCAAGGGAACUCUGAGUAUCAGAUCGCCAUGGUGCACUAUAUCAAGAAGAAGUACCCCCACCUCCAGCUGAUUGGGGGGAAUGUGGUGACAGCAGCUCAGGCCAAGAAUCUGAUUGAUGCUGGUGUGGACGGGCUACGUGUGGGCAUGGGCUGUGGCUCCAUCUGCAUCACCCAAGAAGUGAUGGCCUGUGGUCGGCCUCAGGGCACCGCCGUGUACAAGGUGGCUGAGUACGCCCGGCGCUUUGGGGUGCCAGUCAUAGCUGACGGUGGCAUCCAGACUGUGGGACAGGUGGUCAAGGCCCUGGCCCUGGGAGCAUCCACAGUGAUGAUGGGCUCCCUGCUGGCCGCCACCACGGAGGCCCCUGGCGAGUACUUCUUCUCCGAUGGGGUGAGGCUCAAGAAGUACCGGGGCAUGGGCUCCUUGGAUGCCAUGGAGAAGAGCAGCAGCAGCCAGAAACGAUACUUCAGUGAGGGGGAUAAGGUGAAGAUCCCACAGGGCGUAUCAGGUUCCAUCCAGGACAAAGGCUCCAUUCAGAAGUUCGUGCCCUACCUCAUAGCAGGGAUCCAGCAUGGCUGCCAGGAUAUUGGUGCCCGGAGCCUCUCUGUCCUGCGGUCCAUGAUGUACUCGGGAGAGCUCAAGUUUGAGAAGCGGACCAUGUCGGCUCAGAUCGAGGGUGGUGUCCACGGCCUGCACUCCUAUACCUUUCUGCCGUUUACGAGAAGCGGCUGUACUGAGGACGGUGGUGGAAGCUGUGGUGGAGGCCGAGGUGGCAGAGAGGGCACGCCCCAGGGCCCCCCGUUAGGCACAGCCUCCCUCCAGAACUGAGUGGUCCACAGAUUUGCACUAUGGGGCCCAGUUCCUUUCAAGGGAGAGAGCAGGGGAGGCUCGGAGGGUCUGCGGGCCCUUGCUGGGCAUCCCCUGCAGAGUCAGGAUGCUCCUGGGG